AUGUGCCGUUGUUUUUAUAACUCAUUACCCAUACUGCAUGGUCUACUUGCUGUUUAUGAAGUUAUAUGUGGUAUUAUUCGACUUGCAAUAUUUUUUAACAAUAAUAAUUCUAAUAAAUCGCCUAAUUCUAAUUGGAAUCCUGCGUCCAAUAAUCAAACAACUAUGAUAACAAUCACAGUUGUACCGCAACUUCCAGAAGUUCCUCAGAUUUUAGCUGGUUUUAUUAUCGAUUGGAUUAGCUCAUUGAUUCCAACUAUGAUGGGUUUAUUUAUCGCAUUCAUUUUUCUUUGGCUUGGUUAUCGACUUUUACGUCUGUGUCGUACGGGUCAUCAUCAACCACGUACCAAUUGUCAUUUACGAUAUCUAAUAGCUAAUAAACCCAUUCAACGUUUUCUUUUAUUCAAUUGUAAUUGUCCAUGUUACAUAGCACGUCCAAAAUGGCGUUUCCUUGUACGUUUUCUAUUUAUUACCAUUAGUAUUGGUCUGCGUUUGUUAGCUAUUAUUCUAUAUGCAACAGCACCAACAUACAAUAAUCAAGAAUUGUUUAAUCAAACACAAAAAUUAUCAUGGAUUUGUGCUAUUACAUUUCCAUCACCAAUACUGACUUUAUUAUUAGAUUAUUAUCAUUAUCGUGUUUGGUGGUAUUAUGUACCAUCAUGUGAUCAAAAUCCAUUUUGUAGACGUUAUUUAAAGAAACAUCGACGUUUUAUUCCAUAUCAUUUAAUGGGUGAAAAUCGUAAUGAAAUUCAAUUAUGGAAUGAACCAUGUGAAUUACAACAACAUUGUCUUGAUCGAACAUUGGAACAUAUUAUGAUAUUUCAUUUUAAUACACAUACACCUACGCCACGUUGGUCUGAUGUUCCGAACAAAGAUCCAUUAACUACUACAUACAUUGGUUUUCAUCGUACAAAUGCUGUAGCAGCUGUUAGUAUUGCUUACACAGAUUUUAAUCCAAGCAGAACUAUCCCGCAAAUGUUAGGUUUUGGUAUUUAUUUCGCUCGUUCAAGUUAUCAUACCCAAUUUAAAGCAAGACGAGAUGGUGCUGUCAUAUGUGCUGAAAUUCUUAUGGGUCGUGUACUUGAAAUCGAAAAUAACGAAUUAGACAAUGUAUCAAAUACAGAUGCAUGGCAUCAGACUUUUGACACAAUUUAUUAUCGUCAUCCAACAGAACCAUUGCGAGAUGAAUUUUGCGUUCGAAGUAAUGAACAAAUAUUGAAAUGGGUUAUGUACAUUGAAAGACCAUUUGAUACCAAAGUGGAACUAUAUGGAUUGAACACAGAGUUUGCCGAUACUCAAUGUCAAUGUAUUUAA